AAUGGGAUGGUGCUAACUGUAUCUCACCUGCAUCCACACUCCUUGGGUAUGACUAGAGUGUUUGAAUUGAUUGACAUAGAAGAUAUGGUUUUCAGUUGGACUGAUAAUUGAGCGAUGUUGGCAAUCGAUUAGAAAUCAUUUCGGUUACUUUCUUAAAUGGUCUUGGAAGAGGUUUUCUUUUCUCCAUCGCUUGUGUCAUACUCAGACAGUUUUGACUCGCUAAUUUAGAGGGCGGUAAAUGUUUAAAUAAUGUACCGAUUUCUCCUGAAGAUGACGAACACGGACUUUGGAUGAUUUUUAAUAGUAACUUUGCUGUUUGCUGUUAUCCAUUAGUACAGGAUUCAUCAAUGUAAAUAAAUCUUAAUUGGAACGCAUGAAUGCCUUCUAAAGUACGCAUGACUUCUUGGUUUUGGAUUCAAAGAAUUUCCACAUUGAUGGAAAUUCCAACUGUUUAAAGUACAUCACCCAAAGACAUUAUAUCGUCGUCGUCGUCGUCGUCAUCAUCAUCAUCAUCACCUUGGCCAUUCCUAUCAUCAUCUUCAGUAUAUCGCAAACUAAUAUUUUAGUUUUGAUAAGCAUUACAAAACAUCGAGCAAAACACUAUGAUGAGAUUUUUGUUAUAGUCUAGUCCACUUCAUUCUUUUCAGUCAAUUUAUAUGAAGAUAUAUUGCCAAUAUAAGCCAAGGAGUCAGCAAGAUUAUUUGAACAACAUAAACGAGGUAUACAGCAAAUUGGCUGGUCGCACGUCAAGACUAGAUUGAGAUUGUUUGUCCUUUUCGAUUGUACAAUUAUUGUUACCAUAGUAACAUCAUAAACAUUCUCAUCUUGGGAUCACUUUAUGACUUGGAGAAGAACUAUCUAAAUGCAAGAGACUCACGAUGAAGGGACACAGAAUUAUUGCAUUUUCUGUUUUUACGGUGAUGGUUAUUCUCUGUGCUCCUACUGAUGCCACUGCCUCAGAAUCUUGUUCGGAAUCAGUUGAAUGUAUUCCUGAUGUGGUCUGUCAACAGAGAACAUGUAACUGUGAUGAAGCGACUCUUAAUAUGAACGCCACCUGCUCAGAAUGUAAUAUGACGUCUCUAAUGAGUGAGCCAUGCUGCUGUGAUUUCAUGCCUUACUGUAUCAUGAAACAACGUGCAGAACCACAGCUUCUUAUUCGCAGUAUUGCGAUUGAUGACGUAAAUGGUUACCAACAAACCAAGGCUGAGGUAUUCUUGCUAAAAGACACCAGAUAUGUUAGAGUUUCUACAGUGAUUUUCGCAGCUGAGGACUGUGAGGCUGUAGGAGGAUUCCAAGCAAUUCAAAUUAUACAAUCAGAUGAAGCCUGCCAGGAGAAUAUUACCAGUUCACAAUGGCCAACAUAUAGCGAUUGGGAACUGGAUGGUACAACUCAUAAUAGUAUCUACCCAGAAGAACUUUCGGCUACAGAUUCUAGUUGCUAUGGUGAUACAACCUGGAGCUGUACCGAGGGGCUUUGUGCUUACACAUCAUCAGAAGAUCCAAUCACCCGAUACAAUCCAUCAGAUCAUUAUGACUGGUGUGGUGACACGGCAUGGCUAGGAUGUGAGAUUUCAUCAUCUUCUAAUCUAACAGGAAGUUAUGCAGCAGAGUUUGGUAAAUUCCGUCUGUUUGAACCCGCUUUAGACGGGGGCUGGGCACCAGACCUUUACGAUACACAACCCUUCAUUCAGAUACUAUUCAAUGAAUUUCGGACGAUUAUUGGCAUUGUAACUCAAGGAAUGGCUGCUGACUUCAAUCGCAGGAUUGAUGCAUUUCAAAUUGCCUACAUGAGUGGAGAUGAAGAAUUCUUCAUUAUGAUGGGUGACAAGAGGAAGACUUUUAAUUCAAGCGUCCGGUUCCACAGCGAGACUGUUUCUUUGUUUGAACCCGUCGUAACGACCGUCGUAAAACUACUUGUAACAGAACCUGAAAGCUUGUAUUUGAUUGGUGGAAGAUUCUCCGCCAUUGAAGCAGCGGAUUCCGCUGCGAGGAAUAGUGAUAUUUGGAAGACUCUCCAAUCAGAUUCACCUACCUGGUCUUUUGCCGCCAAUGAACUUCUUUCACCUUCAUCUCCAAACAAGUCUAAUGACUGGGAACUAUCCUCACAGAACGAUUUUCAACCUCUUGACAUCCCUACUCUUAUUGAUGAACGUGUAUUGGAUCUUGGUGAUGAUCUUAAACCAGGAGAGAAUAUUAGUAUUAUUCGUGAUACCUUCGUUCUUGAGAUUCAGCGAUCUACAACUAGAGAGCUGUGCAUGAAUGACCUCUCUGUAGAUACAGAAAGAAACCAGUAUUCUUUUCCGAAGAAGUUCUUUUGUAAACAACAAAGUUCCAACUCAGAUGCUGAUCAAAACAUAACCAUCGGAGUGACGACCUACUCAACCUUGGGCGCCAUAUUUAACCAAUUUCAGAUAGGAUCAUCAGAAGACGACGUCGUUGUCUUCGAGGAGGAUGUAAUCGUAACUGAUAUCAUAUCAGCUGUGGUAUACUUUGACUCUUCGCAAGAAUCUGUGCCUUUUCGAUUCACCUUAAGCUUUACCAAAGAUGAUAUUGAUGAAUACAGAUUUCCGAGCUGCAAAUUCUGGGAUGUGGAAUCAAAACGAUGGAGUUCUUAUGGUUGUAACAUGGAGAACAGUUCUCUGACUGGUAUUACAUGUUUCUGUAAUCACACCACUAGUUUCUCAAUCUUGAUGAGCUUAUCCAAAGAACCUCAGAAAUACGAUCUUGCCUCUGACAUCUUGACCUACGCUGGUUUAGGACUUUCUGUGGCAUCUCUUGUCAUCAGUCUCAUCAUAUUCUUUGUUCUCAGACACUCUAUGACAGCUGAUCGUGUGGUUGUACAUGUCAACCUGAUGAUCGCCAUUUUACUUGCUGACGUCACAUUCCUAGCAGGAAUAGACAGAACUAGCAAACCGCCCAUCUGUAAGGCUGUGGCGUUCCUACUACAUUUCUUCUAUGAAGCAGUGAUCUGUUGGAUGCUCGUAGAGGGCGUACAUCUCUAUCGUCAGAUUAUCAGAGUGUUUGAGUCGGAGAGACCUCGAACAUGGAUCUACUUUUUAGUCGGGUGGGGAAUACCGGCAGUCAUCGUGGGUAUAGCUGGUGGCCUAAAGCAUGCAAGCUAUGGCGUCGGAAAUGCUUGCUGGUUGUCCACGAUGGAUAACACAAUCUGGUUUUUUAUUGGACCUGCUAUUCCUAUCAUGAUGAUAAAUCUUGUAAUUCUCAUUCUGGUGGUAAAGACGGUCAUCACAGCUUCAAAGAAACAAAAUGAAGUCGGACAAAUAGAUCUCAUCAAGGCUGGAGUCCGUAGUUCUUUUCUCCUUCUCCCUCUGCUUGGUAUUCCAUGGCUUCUUGGUCCAUUUGUUCAUUUCAACUAUGCUUUGACCUACAUAUUUGACUUUCUUAAUACUCUACAGGGACUCUUCAUAUCUCUAUUUUACUGUUUCCUGAACUCAGAGGUUCGACGAACAAUCCAAUCGAGCAUGCGCAAAACACGUGACAGUCAGAACGCUUCAUUUACUAAUUCUUCUGACAAUACUAAGAAGACACAUUCAUCUGUGACAAUUCGUAAGGUCCGUGUAAGCCCAGCCCCACCAAGCUGUGACAAAUCUACCGCUGAAAAGUAACAGCACUCCUUAUCCAGGCCAAUGUAUGAUUCACCAGGGGGCGGAUCCAGCUUUCGCCAGUAAGGGGGGGGGGGGGAUAUUUUCAUCCAAAAUUUCGCCGAUCGACAGCUUAAAGCUUAAUUUCAUGGUUGGUCUUUUUGAAGGGGGUAGUCAUAACUAAAUCCUGAAGUUGUAAGUAUAUCUUGGAUUGAUUCUUACAAAGAUUACAUCUAUGAAAAUUUUGAUAAAUUCACCGUAUCAUAUUGUAUCUUGCAAAGUAAGACGUAUCGAAAUGAAAGCUUGAUACCUUUAUAUGUUUUUAUGGUUUGAUGAAAUACUGUUCAUGUUGUCAUAGUGACGAAUAAUAAAGCAUGUUCAUUAUCAUGAUAGGUUGAGAAAUUGAUAAUAAAGAACAACUUUUACUUGAUUGUAUAGUCUGAAAUCUGUACCAUUUCGGUUGUUCUAAAUCAAUAGUUUCAAAGUUUGUUCCGGAUAAUAAUUUAAAGAUUUUGAAGAAAGGAAUGAACAAUGAAAUCAAGGAACAACAGCGCAGAUGAUAAAUGAUACUUAAUGUCAGAUUUUUACUCAAGUCAUUCACCUUUUUUCUUUUUUAACUUAUUUACUGUUUACUUUAUUAAUCACACUGAUUUUCAAAUAUUUCUAGCUUUUUGAACAAUUUCAUCAUUGUAAAUGAAAUUUCAAAUUUCUUGAAUAACUGAUUUGUAUGUUUAGUUUAUUUAUACUCCUAUACCAAUAGUAAAUGAAAUGAUACCAUCCAUGCACCCCUUUAUAUAUUCAGCUUUACCACUGUUGUCCCUUAUUGCCAAUUGUCUUUCGUGUUUUGCUCUUGGAAAGGUGAAUUUCUGGAAAUUUGAUUUGUUAAUUAGAUAUUCUCUGUAGCUCAAAUUGACGUUGUUUUGCAUACAAAGCCAGCAAAAGCUUUGGCAAAGGUUAAAAAAGUGAAUUGUAUAGUCCUAUUAUUGUCUUGUGACAAAAAAAUUAACAAUUUUUUUAAAUAGAUUCUUUUUUUUAAAUACAUUUUAUUCUUAAUGAUAUACUCUUUUUAUUUCCCCCCGACAGUGCAUUCAAAUUUGAAACCAAAUAGUCUUAAAAUAGAAACAAGAUUCAAGAAUGAAUGCCAAUAACUUGUAAUCAUACUUGAAAUAUCUUAUCGCGUAUCUGUAUAUAUUUACUGCCUUCAGUUUGAACGAAGUAUGAUAACCAUUUCAAAGAGCCGAUGUAUCCACCGUGUACACAUGUUUAAUCGGUUUAUUUUACAAUAAACUAUUUAAUACGAUAAAUAGAAGUUAUAAGACUGAGUGAAAUUUCAUACAUCGAUGUGCUGUUCGUGGUGCUUUCUUUCGUUAAUCUAUUUUAUGUUUAUAAUGCAGAUCGUUACAACCAUGCAUUCUUUGUCAAUACUUCACGGAUACCAUAAAAAGAGUAUUACAUGGGAAUUUGGAAUUGUGUGAGAAGGAUUUUGUAAAAUAGUUUAAAACCGUGUUAUUGAAUGCUUAUACGCAGUGCUAACACCCUUCAGAGUCUUCUAUUAUUAUGACUGUAUUAUGUAAAUAUGCUCUAUAUCUAUGUCAUAAACGUUGUAAAUAUACUAAAUGUGCUUUCGCGCUGAUCAAUUUACGCAUGCUACACUAUGGUUACCAUGGUAACAGGGGAAGUGCAUUCUAUCAACAUUUUGCUGAUGAGACUGCAGCAUGUUAGUAAGAAUAUGAUUUAAAAAAUGAAGUUAUGAUCUUACAAAGUUAUGAUAAAACCAUUUCAUAUAGUCCCCCAGGCGGCAUCACGGAGGGGAUAGGGGCGACUGUCCGUAUAAUUUUUUAAGUAUGGAGAAAAAAUAAAGAUAAGGAAAGGAAGAUAAUAUAGGGAGAAGCGUAUGUAAAAGAGAAUCAUGUAAACCUUUUAAUAGUUUAUAGAAGAAAAUAAAUGUCGCCUUUAGAUUGUCUUUACACCCCCAUCAAAAAUACUAACGAAAGUAGAAGGCAGCAACACACGUUCGUUGGAAUGGUGCCGCCCCUAUUAAACUCACAAUGCGUAUUUCUGUUACGUCAUUAUUACAAUUUUGUUUCUAAGAGUGUUCAAUAAAUUUAUGAUCUGA